GCUGGAUUUGUACCAGGGACCUUUUAUCUAAAUAGGCGACUCUGGGCUCAGGAGAACAGAGCCGACUUGACAAAGUAGAAAAGAGCUCAGUAUUGGUCUGCCCACGCUUUGGGCAUGCGUGAGCACUCGCAGCAAAACACAGCUGGCACAUCUAAUUUUAGCCUCGCCCGCCUUGAAAAGGGACUCUUUAAGGAAAUAUAUUUUCUCUGAAACAAUUUGUAUUAUAAUGUAGCAGCUGAUAGACAUGACAGAAUAUUAUCAUUGGUGGGAAAAAACUCUGCCAAGCAAUUAUGAUUUUUGUUCUUUUUUUUAGAUGAUAUCAGUAAAGUGAUUAAAGCAUCGAUGCAUCAAAAUAAUCAUAAACAGAGAGACAAUGGGAGAAACAGAUUUUAUUUGUAAAAAAUCUGAUAAACCUAAGGGGUCACUUCCUUUGAUUUUUUUUUUUUUACAAAAUGGAUGUAAUAAAAAAAGUUAUUAUUUUUGAUAGGUUCAGUUGAUCAGUCCAAUCUGAUGACAUGUGGCAUUAAUAGUAGUCAUGGAGUAGACCCUAAAAUUUCUUCACUACUUAGCAUCCACCAGGUUUUCCAGGUAGUAAAAGGUUAGUUUCUCAAUCAGCUCUUGGAUGCGCCUGGCUGUAGUGUGUUAACAGAUUUUGAAAGCAUCCGGGACUUACUUUUUUCCCCUUUAACCAGCAAGGUUAGUUCCCCUGCCUUUAUUUCUUUUCCUUUCUCCUCCUUCCUUCUUUCGUCCUCUCUUCCCUGUCUUCUGUGUUUUGUUUAGCAGUGUGGCUUACCUUGGAACUUGGCAAAAAGAGGAACAAAAAGCAGCUCUUGUGUGGGGUAGAUGGAGGAGGGAUAAGAAAUAAUCCACCGCCCGCAUUUGAGUUCUUCAGGUUCAGUUCCAGCGGCAGCAGCGUUGCUGCAAAAAUCGUUUGCUAUUCGAGAUAGCCAGCAGAGGGAAUCGGAACUUUGCUUGCAGCAGGGGUUGAAGCAGCCUUUUUUUUUUUUUUUUUUUUUUUUUCUUGGAGGAAAUACUGCAGCCUUCUGGACUGCGUACGCUGCUCCCUGGAGAGGCUCUCUCGGUUCCACCCACCGGCUGGAAGGAGGGGAAGUGAAUGAAAGGACAGGACAAGCCCCGAACACCAUGUCACUCUGGGAGGGAGACAGCAGCAACUAAGCUGUACAAGGUUUUUUUUUUUUUUUCUUCCUUUUUUUCUUUUUUUUUUUUUCUUUUUCCCCUUUCAUUUUUCUUUCUUUUUUUCUUUUUCUUUCUUUCUUUCUCUUUCUCUCUCUUUUUUUCUUUUUCUUUAAGGUGGGGAAACAGACAACCAGGAGACAGGAAGCUGAUCUGCAAGGAUUCGGAGUUGUGCUGAAAAGACUUUGAUUUUUUUUCCCCUUUACGAACGCUGGCAAUUGACAUCACUACAGACAGCCUGGUUAGAGAACAAACUGCCUCAUCCCAAGUGGACCCCGGCAGCUGGGGGAAGUCAGGCAAGAUCUGGGAAGGCUGUGUGUGGGUGUUUUUUCUACAGAUCUCACUCCUCGCCCUUUUUUUUUUUUCCUUUGGUGUGUGUUUUUUGUUUUGUUUUGUUUUUUAAAAAAAUUCUUCCUGUGUUGGAACUAGCGAGUGGUGGAGUCUCUGAAGCCUCAUCAGUCACCGGGACUGUCAGGAAUAGUGGUUUAAGAGGAAGCUCGGCCUGGGGCACUAUACCCUGUCAUCCAGUUCCCUGCCUCGGAGAUAAAGAUUCCAGCUACAUGGGCAAACGCCUGGAUCAGCCACAAAUGUACCCCCAGUACACUUACUACUAUCCUCAUUAUCUCCAAACCAAGCAGUCCUAUGCACCAGCUCCCCACCCCAUGGCUCCUCCCAGCCCCAGCACAAACAGCAGCAGCAACAACAGCAGCAACAACAGCAGCGGGGAACAGUUGAGUAAAACCAACCUGUACAUUCGAGGCCUCCCACCAGGCACCACUGACCAGGACCUAAUCAAGCUGUGCCAACCGUAUGGAAAAAUUGUAUCUACAAAGGCAAUUCUUGACAAAAACACAAAUCAGUGCAAAGGUUAUGGUUUUGUAGAUUUUGACAGUCCUGCAGCCGCACAGAAAGCGGUAGCAUCUCUCAAGGCAAAUGGCGUGCAGGCACAGAUGGCUAAGCAACAAGAGCAAGACCCAACAAACCUAUACAUCUCAAAUCUCCCCAUUUCUAUGGAUGAGCAGGAGCUUGAGAAUAUGCUGAAACCCUUUGGACAUGUCAUUUCCACAAGAAUACUAAGAGACGCUAAUGGAGUCAGCAGAGGUGUUGGCUUUGCCAGAAUGGAGUCUACUGAAAAAUGUGAAGUGGUAAUUCAACAUUUUAAUGGAAAAUAUCUGAAAACACCACCAGGCAUCCCAGCCCCCAGUGAGCCUUUGCUGUGCAAAUUCGCUGAUGGAGGACAAAAGAAACGACAGAAUCAAAGCAAAUAUACCCAGAAUGGGAGGCCUUGGCCCAGGGAAGGAGAGGCUGGCAUGGCUUUGACCUAUGACCCGACAGCUGCCAUACAGAAUGGAUUUUAUUCUUCACCGUACAGUAUUGCAACCAACCGCAUGAUUCCACAGACAUCUAUCACGCCAUUCAUUGCUGCUUCCCCUGUCUCCACAUACCAGGUCCAGAGUACUUCAUGGAUGCCUCAUCCGCCAUACGUUAUGCAACCAACAGGUGCUGUGAUUACACCAACCAUGGACCAUCCCAUGUCAAUGCAGCCAGCCAACAUGAUGGGCCCCCUGACACAGCAGAUGAAUCACCUUUCAUUGGGCACAACAGGAACGAUUCAAUCCCAAGACAGGAUUAUGAUACUCCACCAGCUGUUGUGUCAGUAUAUGACUGCUGCUGCUCCUAUGCAAGGGACCUACAUUCCUCAGUACACGCCUGUGCCUCCGACAGCUGUUUCUAUUGAAGGUGUUGUUGCUGAUACCUCUCCCCAGACAGUGGCACCUUCAUCCCAGGACACCAGUGGUCAGCAGCAACAGAUAGCAGUGGACACAUCCAACGAACAUGCACCUGCAUAUUCUUACCAACAGUCUAAACCAUAAACAGGACUGAAGAAUGUCCGUCUGAAUCUUUGCCUUGAAUGAAGAAACUUCAUUGAACAAGAAGUUGGCUUCCAGUUUGCACAGACGUCAAUGGAAUGCAUUUUUUGUUGUUGUUGUUUUUUUUUUUUUUUAGUUUUAUACCUUACCCAAUGAAAACAAAGUUUUUAUGUGCUGUGCAAAUGGUCUUCAUGUGGUCUGACAAUUUAUUUUUGCCAUCGUUUUUUUUUAAUUAAAGAAAAAAUUUCCAGAAGAGGAAAAAAAACUACAAAAAACAAAACGUUGAAGGUUGAUAUUUUAUGUGGAAGAACAUUUGAAUUGAAUUCAGAAUUUUCCUGAAGGUGUAGAUACUUUUUUUUUUUUUAACAGAAAACCUGAUGUCAAGAGGUGGACAAUAGAAAUGGAAACAAAUUGUCUUCCUCAAUAAUUAAGCUACUUUCUCUUUUUCCCUUCUUGUUUUAAUCUAGUGGGUUUUUUUAUUUUAUUUUUUUCUUAGAAAUAUUUAGGUAAGGUUUAUCUUGAAUCUUAAUUGCCUUAAUUUUAAGGACGUCAAAGUCUCUCGAGGCAAGCUGUCAACGUCUUGUUAAAAACAAAAAUCAAGAAAGAAUUGAAAUAUUGUGCCGGCUUUCACUGGCACAGAAGUUUAAGACUAUGAGUUUUUAGGGUGAAAAAAAAACUGUACAGUUUAAAUGAAAAUGUUUUUCUUCAUUUGAAGAAAAUUUGUUGAUAAAAGAAACCAUGGCAACUGCAAGAAUUGGAAAAAUGCUGGGACUUUUCAUGAACUUUGUCUUAAGUGUUGACAUGAAUCAUUCUAAAAGGCUAAAACAUUUUACAGUAAAGUUAUUAAUGUUGGUUUAAAAACAACUGCAUUAGAAAUAAUGCGUGUUUGGGGGGCAGAAUGCAGAUUUUUUUAAUUUACAAAGCGUGAUCGCUAGCAAAAGCAUUAGUGCUUUUUAUCUGCAGUCUUUUUUAUGAGCUUUACAAAGUUUUUAGUCAGCUUUGCUUGUCACAUUGCAAAACCUAGCUUAAGAGCAUUAAAAAAAAAAAGUAGAUAGGAGCUUAUGGUCAAAAAGUGCAAAAAAACAAAAAAAAAGCAAUAGAUAGAGAAAUUGUUGACAAUUUCUGUAGUCUUUCCUAGUUGUGAUCAAAUUCAGCCUAUGGAUGGCCUAUUUUAUACCAAAGAUGAAGUGACACCCUAUUACAGUCCAGAAGAUAGAGGUUGUUUUCGUUUCUUUUCUUUUUAAAAAAAAAAAAAAAAAUUUAUUUGACCGACAUGGCCGGACCAGUUCUUACUUUGUUGUUUGUUUAAACUACCUUCCACUGGUGUUUUACAUAGUGCAAAAAAAAAAAAAAAAGAGGGUGGGGGGAGGUGUCUUUCUUUUCUUUAAAUGUGUAUUCAUUGAUAGCAGAAGCUUGUACCUGCUGUGUUUAGCAGUUUCAGCAUGAAGAGUUCUGGAUAUCAACUGAUUGAUAGAGCCAAGUGGCUUUAAAUUCUGUGAGCUUUUCUGGUUUCUCACUAGCUGUCUUGAAUAGUGAAACCUAUAUUGAUGGCCACUAGUAAACCAAGAUGCUUAUUUAACAGGUGGAAUAUUCUUUAUAUGAAAUUUCAGCUAAAGACACUUUCUGAACCUGGUCUGAAAGGUCAUUUGUCAAAAAAGCUUAGUGAUAUUCUGUGAUAUGGUGAGUGGUCUCCUGGAAAGGUCUCAUUGUGUAACAAUAGUCUUCCCUCUAAAUUACAACACCUCUGGGUUUUGUCUUUUCACCUCUGUGUUUGUCAUCACCUACCAUGAAUAGUCACCUUGGUUUUGCAAAUGGGGAGGGGGUAUCUUCUUUUUGCCUGUUUUCAUUGUAUUUUCAUAUAUUGGCGUUGCCGAAAGAACUUUUUCUUUCGGUUUAAUUCUUUGAGGCAUGUAGGACCAAUAAGAUUGAGAAUUCUAUUAGUGGAAUUUAGGGAAGUCCUUAAAAUGCUAGUUGACAAUCAAGGAACAGUAUGAUUUAUAUCAAUAAGAACCAAAAGAAUUAGGUUUGAUCAAUCAUUUAAGCCAAGGAGGAAUACUUGCAUUUAGAACGAUGCAAAACUUUGUCUAAAAUGAAUUAAAUUGACCCACUUGUAAAAUAGAUCUACAUUUUUAAUUCAUGAGAUAUGUGUUCAACCUUUACAGUUUUACCUGAAAUUAAGGACAAUGGAAUAGAAUUUGUUAAGUGAACUAUUCACUAGAUUUCUUUCUGAAUGAAUCCUUUGAAUCAAAUAGGUGAAACUCUUUUCACAAACUAAGUCAGUCACAGGAGCCUGUCUUAGUCCAAAAGAAGCAGGGAAAUUUAUUUAAGCACACUAUAAAACAGGGUGAGCUUUUUAAAAAUUAAAAAGUUUUAAAGGUAAAUCAUAUUCCCAUUAGGUCAACGUGAGUAAUAAGGUUGACUGACUCAUGUGAAAUUGUCAAUAUUCUAUUUAUGUAAACUCUGGUUCUCUUAUUUGCAACCCCAUGAAUUGGAAGCCCAAAUCAGAGAAUGACUCCAUAUAUUUAUGGUCACAUUGGAGGCAAAAGUGUAUCCAAGAAAAUGUAGUGUGUGUUACAGAGAAAUUCCAACUGGUCGCACUCACCAUUAUGGUUUUUCAUGCUUUAGAGAAAAUGCUAGAUUUAUACUGUCUUUUGUUCCAUCCUUCAGCUUCCCAUGCAUUAUAAAGGUGGCACUUAAGUUUUUAUCUUUGAAAAGUGGGCCCCAAAGUUUUUUGGGGUACAAAAAGACACGUAUGGGAACCAUAUUUUCUGUUUCUCUUUUUCACUCUCUAAACUCUUUUUGUAUAAAUAAGGAUUAUCCUGGGCAUAAUUCAUUUGAAUAUGAAACCAACAUACUUUCUUUCAUUUUUGUGAAAAAAUAACCAAAAACAUGUAUUAAUGUGAUACAAAGAAAGUCUCAUUUACACAAUCAACAAUGAGGCUAAGAGGUAGCUACCAUGUGGCUAAUGAAUGUGCCUAGGUAACUUCCUGUUUCUAUUCAAAACUGCUGCUUUAUUUGUACAUUCAGAAAUAUUUUUUUCAACUAUGAAAUUUCAAUAUCAAUUUUUUAAGCCAGUUACUGCAAAAGUAAAUGACCUGUCAUUUGAUGUGUUCAUGUGUGUUUUGUGUUUGGAUAGUUUAUAUCAUGCCAUUCUAUAAAAUAUAUGUUUUCAAACCAAAAAGAAAAAAAAUGGAAGGAAAACAAUGGCACAUACUCAAAUUUGCUCUGCUUUGUCUGUUGUCUUACCUAAGACUUGUUUUGAAGAGCCAAGUCUGGGAGAGAAAAAAAAGCAUCAACAGGUAAGCAGCAUUACAUUGUGUGAUAAUAAACCAAAAUAAGUUUUCAAUAUAUACAGACAACAGAAUUCAAAUUUAAUCAACAAAAUAUAUUGUAGUGAUUUUUUUUUUUUUUUUGAGACGGAGUCUCUGUCGCCCAUCCUAAUUAGGACUAUAAUCUUUUUUUUCUUUAAGUUGAAGUUAAUUUUCCAUGCAUUCUGGUCCACCAGAUUUUCAAGCAUUUAUUCGGAUGUUUCCAUUUUUCCUUUUGACUUUAAUUGCCAAGACUUAGCUUAAACAUCAGGAAACAAACUAAAGCCACAAUCCAAAUGAGAGAAACACUGUCUCAUCUAAACUCUAGUUUCAUGGUCAGUGCAAGAGUGAGUUUUCUUUUAAUAAUAAUAAGGUGUUGUCAAGGGAGGCAAAGUGUGCAUGGUAACUGGGAGCUCCCCAAUACGUGGCCAUGUCUUCUAGAGACAAAGUAAUGAUCCCAAGUGAACUGAAGGUAAUACUGGCAGGUGCUGAUGACAGUUUGUCCUUGAAUGCUGACAUGUUUUGAAUAUUGCAAAUGUUAUAAUACUCUUUUUAAAAAAUCCUCUACCUGACUCUAGUUUUGCAAGGAUUAGUUUGUUUCCUUGGUGGAUUUCAACAUUUCAGAAUGUUACCUCCAUAUUUCACUUGAAUUACUUCCUCCUGUGACCUUAGCAGAUCUGUCACAUUUGACAGCAUAUGACUCACUUCCACCCCCUUCUAAUGAAAAACUGCAUGGUGUUAAAAGCACUCCCAUUAGAAAUAUAAGGCUGAGAACCGAAGAAGGCUGUUUAAAGCAGGAAUUUCACUUUAUUUUACUAUGCCUAAAAAUACAUCUUUGGACCCCUUGCAAAGUGAUUUAAAAGUACUUUCAAUUUAUGCAUGGCCCCAAAAAAGUAAUUGUUUUUUCUUUUCCAAAAAAACCUCUUUAUUUAAAUAAUUGGGAUAUUUGCUAAAUACCUAUUUCUUUUUUUACAGUUGCCUAAAACCCCUAUUAAUGAAAAGUGAAAUUUGAUUUAAUUAGGACUCUUGCGGUCAUCUUCACGAUUGAGGAUAAGUUUCAAUAGGCUGUCUAGACAGAUUAUGAUGUUAAUAGGAGAUUAAAAUACAUUUGGCAAUUCAUUUUCAUUCUUAAUUUGAGUGCAUGAACCACUGCAGAUGAGCUGAUAAGCAGAGAGAAAUUCUCAAGUGGGUUUCACUAAUAAAUGUUUUUUGUAUGGUUUGAAAUCAAGUAAAGGGACAAUAUUUAUGUACGUGUAUAACAACAUUCAGCACGUUUGAGGAAUCACACACUAUAAUAAAGCUUAAACAUGUCAUAGAACCUUGAUCUAUAUUACUUUGUCUUCAGUAAAAAGUGAAGGAUGAGAUUUUGUCUUUCAUGUUAUUGUAGCUGGCAUGCUUCAAAAUUUUGAACUUACUGGGACUGACAGCCUCUCACUUCAAUCUGCAGGAUUGACAGAAUUUAAACAGGCUCAUUGAUUCCAUACACUCCACCCUUCCUGUGGCAAGUGAUAAUGGGAUUUCGUUAAUGAAUCAAUUUGUUUUACAAAUGACAUCCACUGUGGCAUUGGAAGACAGUUGGGUCUGACUCAAGUUUAACAUUUCUUACCAAACAUUCUUAAGUAUGAAAUUGGUCCUUUAAUCCAAAUGCUCUUGGUCAUGGCUGUCCUUUGCGGAUUACAUAGCGUUCAGGAAAGUAGAAAACUAAACACUAAAUCCCCAAGUGGCCCCAAAGACCUUUUAUGAUGUGAGAGACAAGAGUUCACCCCAGAUUAAUUUCUUUUAUCAUUGGCUUUAUACUCUAACAUAUAGAUGCUCUCUAUAGCAAAACAGGGAUGAAUGGCUUUCAAUAUUCAUUUCUGUUUAUUUUUGUGAGGGUAAAUAAUAUAUCAAGAAAAUUUUCUUCCACUUAGAAAGCUUUAAAGCUGAAGUAGAGGUGCAGUCAAGCUUGGAUCUGCAGGAAGAACCACUAGGCCACUGAGUCAUACUUGAGCUUUUCUUACUACUGCCCCAAUUUCUAAGUUGUGCAUAAAUACAAUCAUUCUCAAUUUUUGAAGGGCUAAUUAUCUACUUUGUGGGUAUGUUUUGUUUUUUCUUUUCAACGUGUAGGCCUUGGGCUCUGUUUCCUUUUAUUAGCAUGUCACCUGAGGGUGGGACAAACAAUUGGAAAUAAAAUUUGAUUAUUUCUUAUAAAGUAUUAAUUUCUUAAAAGAGUUUGAAAUCAUUGGUAAAAUUAAUGUCAGUACAUUAUGUGUCAUAAAUUUUGAUUACCUAUAAUGUCUUUUCUUAUCUAACACAAAUAAUUGAGAGUUGGCUAUAUUCUUGCAGAAUAUACGGGAAAAAAUCAUAGCAAAGAAUUCAGCUUCCCUCAAAAGAAAGCUAAUUUUGUUUCCUUCACUCCACUAAAUUUAAACCAGUAGCAUGGAUCAACACAACUUCUGCAAUGAGAGUAUAACGGUAGCUCUUGGUAUAGUCAUAUUCAUAUUUUUAAAUCUUUCUUUGACCAAAACUAUUGCAUUGUUUUUGUUACAUUUUGACUGCAUUACUGUAUUAAGGCCGAAUGACUUUGACACUCCCAUGGAUAUUUUUAUGAUCACAUCAAAUUUAAAUAAUGUCCAAAUUGUAACUUUAAUGUUAUAUUUUGUUUCAAACCCUCUGGUCUAAGAUUAUUGAGAAAGAUGUUCUUUCCUCUUCCCUCAAAUAUGUUAUCUCUUCAUAUAUUAAAAAAAUGAGUUAUUCCAUGCUUUUCAGGAACUGUAAAAAUUAUUUCAAAAAGACACUUGAAAAAGUUUUCUCUAUUCUGGACACAAAUGCUUCCAUUUAUUUCAAAAGAAGAAGAAGAAAAAUGGAAUCUUAAUUUUAAAAAAUAUAUGUAGUAGUAUCUGCUAUGAGAUAUUCAGUUUCUAAAAAAAAAAAAAGGGACACAGCUUCUUUUAAAACCCUUGUUUCAGUCCAUAUUUAACUUCAUGGAACUUCUGAAACAUCAUUCAAUUUUGAACUUUAUUUAAGAGCAUUUUUGUACUGCUGUCUCUGACUGUCAUGGAAACUUCUGUAAUUCUAAGGUGUUUCUGGUUUUAUUUUUAAUUUCUUCAUCUGUACCACAGUCAAAUUAGCAACCAUCUCCCCCAUCCCUUGGGCUUUCUGUAGAUCAGUGGAUGUUAGGUUUAAACUUCUGUUUUCUUUGAUGAAGCUUUCAAUAAAAAAUGAAAAUAAAA